ACACAUUCACACACACACAUAAACUACUUGAUAUAAAUAAAAAUGAUGAGUUUCCUUAGUAGUUUCAAAGUGGUAGCUCUAUGCUAUGGUUUGUUCGUGUUUGGAGUGUUCUUAUCCUCAGAAGCACAACUUGAUCCCUCUUUUUACAAUAAAACAUGUCCCAAUGUCCAUUCAAUUGUACGUGAAGUCAUAAACAAUGUCUCCAAAACUGAUCCACGCAUGCCUGCUAGCCUCCUUAGGCUUCACUUUCAUGACUGUUUUGUUCAAGGUUGUGAUGGAUCACUUUUGUUGAACAACACUGCAACAAUAGUAAGUGAACAACAAGCUCGCCCAAAUAACAACUCAAUAAGAGGUUUAGAUGUUGUGAAUCAGAUCAAGACGGCAGUGGAAAAUGCUUGUCCUGGCAUAGUUUCCUGUGCAGAUAUCCUUGCUCUUGCAGCUGAAAUAUCUUCUGUUCUGGAUCAAGGUCCUGAUUGGAAAGUUCAAUUAGGGAGAAGGGAUAGUUUAACAGCAAAUAUAACCUUGGCACAAAACCUUCCAGGUCCUUCCUUGACCUUGGAUCAACUUAAAGCACGCUUUACUGCUCAAGGCCUCAACACUACUGAUCUAGUUGCACUCUCAGGUGCACAUACAUUUGGUAGGGCUCGUUGCAGUUUAUUUGUUGGACGGUUAUACAAUUUUAGCAACACUGGUAAUCCUGACCCAAGUCUGAAUUCAAGUUACCUACAAACGUUGAGAUCACUAUGCCCUAAUGGUGGUCCCGGAACCACAGUAGCCAAUUUGGACCUUACAACACCCGACACGUUCGACAAAAACUAUUACUCGAAUCUUCAGGUUCACAAGGGGUUGCUCCAAAGUGACCAAGAGUUGUUCUCAACUUCGGGUGCAGAUACCAUCGACAUUGUGAACAAGUUCAGUAGUGACCAAAAUGCUUUCUUUGAGGCCUUCAAGGCUUCAAUGAUCAAAAUGGGUAACAUUGGUGUCUUGACCGGUACUCAAGGCGAAAUUCGAAAACAAUGCAACUUUAUUAACUCACAAUCUGCUCAAUUGGGUCUCUACAAUGUGGCUUCCAAAGAAUCAUCAUCAUCAGAAGAUGGAAUGGUUAGCUCAAUCUAGAUAAAUUAAGUAAGCAAGACUUCAUUAAUGAUGAAAGUAAGCUACCAGUACUAAUAAGUACUAACAAUAAGGAAGCUAUAUGUGCCCUCGGGUAGUUACUAAUAUGCUGUUUAAGUGUGUCACUGAGAAAAUUUCAAUAAUGUGUUAUUGUUCAUAAUUAGUUUCA